AUGUCAGACCAAGAACCACCAACCGAGGGCUCAGCUGAGGCAAAGUUUGUCAAGCUUAUGGCCAAGUUCCUGCAAGAGAAUGGUUUUCCUCCCAGCAUCAUCGACAGUAGAAGCUUUAAAGUUCUGAUGGAGACCAUUGCACAGUGUGGACCAAACUACGAGUUCCCUAGCCAAGAGGAGUUGAGUGGGCCUCUCACUGAGGAGGUGAUGAACUGGGUGGCUGAACGGAGGAAGAAGCAUGAGAGGGCUUGGGAGUGGCAUGGUUGCACGCUCAUGGUGGAUUCUUGGACCCAUCCUGGGAGGCAUCUUCACUUGCUCACUUUCAUGGUGGGUAGUGUGGAGGGGAUUUUCUUCUUGGGUUCUGCUGAUGCUUCAUAUGCAACAGAUCAUGCAGAUUUAUUGGCAGAACUGAUAGAGGAAAGGAUUGGCGAAGUUGGCAGGGACAAAGUUGUUCAGGUAAGGGACCAAGCUGAUCAAUACGAGAGGGCUGAAAGUAGCUUUGGGAAGAAAUUACUAACCCUGCAAGAUGAGAAAAAGAGUCCAAAUGAUUGGUGGGGUGCCUAUGGUGGGUCUGCUGGAGAGCUUCAAAAGUUUGCAUGUCGUAUUGUUGGUCUUUAUUGUUCAGCAUCUGGCUAUGACCACAAUUGGACUAUGUUUGACUGUAUCCACACUAUAACUAUGAAACAGUCAGACCGCAAGAAAUUGGAGAAUAGGGCUUAUGCCCGACAUAACCUGAUGAUAUCUGAUAGGUCUGAAAGACAGCAGUUAGAAGGAAGCAACUUUGAACCUUUGAUCCUUGAAUGCUAUGAGUUUGACCAUGAAUGGGUCGGCAUGCAAACUGCACAACUCUAUAGUAGGGAGAAUCUUAUAUGGGAAGUUGUUGAAGAAGUCACCGGUGGAUCAUACACCCUUGAGGACCGCAAGCUGCGUAGGCCUUAUCCUGGAUAUGGAAGUCUUGUGCCUAGUUUGACUGAUAAUGCGAGUUUAGACAGUGAAGAUGAUGAAUCUUUUGGGGCUGUUGAAGAUGCUGAGGAUGACUACGACCCACAGAAUGCACUUGCUCCCACUCAUUAG